AUGGGCCCUCUGCCCGCAAACCCGACACGUCCUACGGUUACACAGGGGACAUUUGGCCGUCCUGGGGCCCAGCCAGCGCCCGGCGAGGAACAUGCCGCAGCGUUCCCUGUCGUAGCAGUACAGGCGCUGCGAGACGGGCGUCCGCAUUUCGCGCAGCUUGUCGCGGUAGGCGAGGAACUCGGCUGGCGUGGCCGCCGGGCCGAGGUCCGCCAGCGGAAUCUCGACGCCGUCCGAGUCCCUGCUGCUGCUGGCAGCAGUGGUGGCUGGGUUGCUGGAGCCUUCGUUGCUUCCGUCGGAAGUUGUGUUCUCGGGUGA